UAACAUUAUAUGAUUGUGUCAUUUCGUUUUUCGUGACAAAUAAAUCUUAUUUGGAAAUCUGAUUUUCUGUUUUCUUACAAAUUUACGCAUUAAUUGGUUUGCUGCAUUGUUUUUAAAGUGUUUGGGAAAAAGUUAACCAAUUUUCUAAUGGUCAAAAUUUACAAUGGCUUCCUCUAACACUCUACAAAAAGCAAUCGACCUUGUCACUAAAGCCACAGAAGAAGAUAAAAACAAAAACUAUGAGGAGGCCCUACGUCUCUAUGAACAUGGAGUUGAAUACUUCUUGCAUGCUGUUAAAUAUGAGGCUCAAGGUGAACGGGCUAAGGAAAGUAUUAGAGCCAAAUGCCUUCAGUAUUUGGAUAGGGCUGAAAAACUAAAAGAGUACCUAAAGAAGGACAAAAAGAAAAAGCCUGUGAAGGAUGGUGAGUCCAAGAGUGAAGACAAAAAGAGUGACAGUGAUAGUGAUUCAGAUGAUCCUGAGAAAAAGAAAUUACAGGGGAAACUUGAGGGUGCUAUUGUUGUUGAGAAACCACAUGUUAAGUGGAGUGAUGUAGCUGGCCUUGAAGCAGCUAAGGAAGCUCUAAAGGAAGCUGUUAUCCUGCCUAUUAAGUUUCCCCACUUGUUUACAGGCAAAAGAAUACCUUGGAAGGGCAUCCUUCUUUUUGGGCCUCCUGGUACAGGUAAAUCUUAUCUAGCUAAGGCAGUUGCUACUGAAGCAAAUAAUUCUACAUUCUUUUCAGUUUCUUCAUCAGAUCUUGUCUCUAAAUGGCUUGGUGAAUCAGAGAAAUUGGUCAAGAACCUAUUUGAGCUUGCUCGUCAACACAAGCCGAGUAUAAUUUUCAUUGAUGAAAUAGAUUCUUUAUGUUCAUCACGUUCCGACAAUGAAUCUGAAUCUGCCAGGAGGAUUAAAACUGAAUUCCUUGUACAAAUGCAGGGUGUAGGAAAUGAUAUGGACGGUAUUUUAGUUCUUGGCGCCACAAAUAUACCCUGGGUUCUCGAUGCUGCCAUUAGGCGACGUUUCGAGAAGCGUAUUUAUAUUGCUCUGCCAGAGGAGCACGCUCGAUUGGACAUGUUCAAGCUUCACCUAGGAAACACAAAACACAUGUUGAGUGAGCAAGACAUAAAAGUCCUGGCUGCAAAAACUGAAGGCUAUUCUGGAGCUGAUAUAAGCAUUGUAGUGAGAGAUGCUUUAAUGCAGCCAGUUCGUAAAGUGCAAUCUGCAACACAUUUCAAGAAAACUUCUGGGCCUAGUCCUAAAGAUCCUAAUGUCAUUGUGAAUGACCUUUUAACACCAUGCUCUCCUGGUGAUCCCGGGGCUAUGGAGAUGACUUGGAUGGAGGUACCUGGCGAAAAAUUGGGUGAACCUCCAGUUACAAUGUCAGACAUGCUUCGAUCGCUAGCAACGUCUAAGCCUACCGUCAAUGAUGAUGACAUGGUUAAGUUGAAGAAGUUCAUGGAUGACUUUGGUCAGGAAGGUUAAAAAAAUUUUUUAAAGUUAUUGAGCACUUAAAUAAUUUGUAUCACAUGUUGAAAUAAUUACUGUUAAGCUCCUGAAUGUAACUAGCAGAAUGUAUGAAUUUUAUUUUAUGCUUCACAUGAUGAACUGGGGUUUGACAAAAGUACUUUUUAGAUUACCACUGGCUACUUGACAAAGCAUAAUCUCAAUUGGUUUACAAUCGCGAGCAAAUCUAGACGUGCGUUACGACCUCGGAUGUAAAAAAGUGGUUUAAUAAAAUAGGAAUAGGUUUGUUUACUAGCUGUAUAUUAUGCAUCUUACUUUAAAGUUGUUUACAGGGCAUUGUGUUUUGAGAAUGUCUGUAAUCUAUUUAUUUACAUGAGCACAUGAUCUAGAUUGAAUUGAACAAUGUGCCUGUUUAACACAUUCACUGCCUCGACCCGCUAGGCGAGUUCUUUGUUCGUAGGCGUUUUUUGCUACAUAUGGGUUUUCCCGUGUUAUCGGCUACGAAUGCCUAACGAAGCUCUUAGCUCGUGCAGACAGUGAAUGCUAGCAGUUUAAUACUAGUUUACAGUACAUAUGGUGCUACUUUACCGCACUAGUGCGAUAAUUAGCACAUUAAAGCCUGACCAGGAAUAUAUGAUCAUUGUCAAGAGGGCGUUAUUAUUCUCAUUUAUAUGGCAACAGUUCAGUAUAGUCUGAACAAUGUGGAUUGGCAACUCGUUUGACUUACAUCUACUUUUAUUCACCGUAAUCAAAAUCAGAACCCAUUUAUUUGGUAUCUACACUUUUUUUUAUAGUCAGUACUUUUUUUGCCGUUAUAAUUCAUGUAUUUUCUUACGUAUCACACAUAGGUUAAAAUCGUCUAAUAGGGGAUAUUACUGCAAUGUUCUGCCACCAGAGUGCAGGACAAGCCUUUUUAGUAAACCAUAAAGUAACUUAUACAUACUUAUAACUUUUAACAGGUUUUUGACAAGUUUUCAGAGAUAAUAAAAUAUGACAUUGAUGCACCAAGGCGGUUUGUAUACAGAGGACCUACCGGGAAACGCGAAUCCGAAAUUUCGCUAUCUGCCUCUUUAUCGCUCGAAUAUGCAAGAGUAACAGAGAUGUUAGAUAAAUAAAUUUUCUUGUUUCACAUUAGUUUCAGAUUGUGGUAGCGCCCUGGCGUAGAGUUUCGCGUAAUAUUCCCUAUUGCAUCUUCUUUUUUAUUUUUGGUUUGCAUAAAACCUCAGGAGGUACAACCUUCUCUCGUAAUCCGCAUAAUCGAUGCCUCCGAUUUACCUAGAAAUUUAUAUAAAUUUACAUAUAUUUAAUUUAGUCGUAACAUACCAGAUGGUGUGACUACUAUUAGCCACAACAUCAGCUCAGCUCAGCUCUAUAGCUGAAAAAAUAUUUCGUCUAUCAUGUUACUCCAUUCAAGGGAAGAGGCCUACAUUCAAGAUUGCAUUGGAUCACAUUGGUCAUGUUACUGGGUUUAUCUACACACAUAUCAUAAACCCUCUAUGAUGCCUUCAAAAUCCGUAAAUAAUGGCCAACAUUAAGAUCUGUUUUGUUACAGCAAAUUUUUUUUCUGUGGAAAUGUUAUUAUUGCUAAAUAAUAACAUCGAUUUCGAUAAUAUUAUUUUAUUCAAAUUUCGAACGUUUAAAAAACAAAGAAAUUUGAUUUGACCUCUAUUCUAAUAUCAGUCGAGAUGACGUUUUAUUCGAAAUGAAAUGUCAAUUGCAUACAAAUUUGACAAAUCUCGCUUGUUAGUUGGUAUCGAACGAUAUGGCAAUCGACCCCCACUCUAGUUUGUCUGAAUAAAAAAAAAACUACGGAUGCGUGACAUGCGUGAAAAAAGUUUUCUUUGCCGCCAUUUGACGUGCAGUUUAUCUUUUAAUUAGUUUGUAAGUAAAAAAUAAUUUGUUUUGUUGUUUUUAAAAUAACUAGCAAAAGUUUCGUGUAAAAUGUGCGAUAAAGAUUUUUCGGAGACGCCACUUCAUAUCCGCGAAUCCCCCCAGAAAGCAACUAUGCCCCAAUGUCGGCUGUAAUAUGAGGUUAGUGAAUAUAUCAUAGAAAGUUUAUAAUAUGUGUGUAGAUGUAGAUAAAGCAGUGUAUGUAACUGUACAUAAUUAGGCAUUAAAACACUCGUGUGAUUCUUUUAUGAAACUCACUACGUUCGUUUCAUAAACCCACACUCGAGUUUUAAUGCCUUUCAUUAUGUAGCAGUCACAUAAACUAUCACAUAUUCUGUAACCUUACAUAGGUUCUGCUACAUUGACAAUUAACAAGAUUGAUCGUCUCCAAAGCCCAUAGUAAAUAUUUUUCAAACUCAAAUUCACUGUGUUUCCUCGCUUGUAUAACAUAACACUACAAUAACUAAGUCGUAAUAGCCAGACUAUAAUGACAUUUCGAUUUGUUUACCUGUCAGCUCUGAUGUUAAGUUGGAAAUGUUUCCUAGUGAAAUAGUUUAAUUUCCCGAACUAUUCCUUUCCAGCAGUUUAUUAUUUCCACUAUUAACAAUGUUCCGGUCCUAACUAUGUAUAGUUUUGGGCCUUUUUGUCAUUUAUUAUUUAAUAUUCAACACUUAAGCAUUAUUCAAGUAAACCGCCACAAUGACACUGACAACAGUGACAACCUAUCAUUAAAAUUAUUGCCAGUGUAAGAAAUUGGUUCCAAUGAAAUUCCGCAACAUGGCGCAUGAUCAUAUAUUUCUGGUCAGCUUUACGCAUCUAUGACGAAAAUUUAAAGGGCCAUAUGUACUGUAAAAUGUUGUACGAUACAUGUGCGAAUAGGUAAUUUGUAACUCGUAUCGAUUUAAAACACUCCCUUCGGUCGUGUUUCUCGUUUCGAAUUUCCUAUUUUUCGCACUUGUAUCGUAAUGUACUAUUAAGAUUAAAUUGGUACGAGAACCUUUGCAUUUGAUUUUACGUAGGCAUAAAAAACGGUACCUAUUUCAAUUAAAUCACUUGUUUGUAGUAAGUAACUUAUUAAUUACUAGGGUUUAUUAGUUUUGGCAUGUUUGUUACGUGUUAAGCUGCAAUAAGUAGCUACACACCUACCUAAAAGUUCAUUAAUCAUAUUUGCUACUUUGGAUUGACUUGAUAGUAGGCGUGGUAGGAAAGCAGCUGAGAUACAUGUUAACACUUCAUCAUGCACCUUAAAAGCCCCAAGUUUUUAUUAUCUUCCGAUGCAGCAUAAUGUCUGCUAUUUUGGCAUAUGCAUUGCUUGUAUUGUCGAUAAUAUCCGUAUUUUAUUUGUCUCGUACGACUGUAUUUUAAAUAAAAUUUUAAGCUGCAAGGUUUUUUUAGCAUUGAUCCGUAUAUAUGUCAGGUAUUUCACUGGAUGUAAGUAAAUCUGUUCAUAACCUGUUCUGUGUUAUAAAAAGAUCUAUUAUAUAUAGCAAACAUCAAGUUAGGUACCUAUACCGCGCAUUGAAGAUGGGAUUUCGUCGUUUAUGUCCCUUUUCGUGUUUAGGCCUUAGGGUUCCGUAGUUAUAAUGACAAUGAGACCCUGUUUUUAUUUGAUUCGUAUUCUCUGAUAUUUGUCGAUCGUAAUAUUCGUAAUGCCUAGAAAGUCAACGGCUUCACGUUUGUCUCAUUAUAACAAGUUAAUUAGGUAGGUCCCUUAUAUUAUACUUAUGUGAAAUGUACUUUCCUCCUUUAUUUUUGUAAUAAUAUUGUUAAGAGAGUAUAAAUAAAUAUUAUUAAUUAAAACA